AUGCUCUGCGGGACUAGGAGCAGCACGGACCAAUUGCAAGCUACAGGAGGCGGGAGGGGCGUGGCCCGAGCGAGAGGAGGAAAUGGCGGCGCUGGCGUCGGACUCCGAGGCUCCCGCACAGAGAUGCUCGUCCUCCGCCUGGUCUCUCAGCUCUGUCAGUUUUGCCCCCGAUGCCCUCCUUGUGCCAGGCCCCUCAGCUCCACUCUCUAUCUCAGGGCAAGGCAAAGUAAUUAUUAUGAGCUUCUGGGGAUCUGUCCAGACGCCAGCAUGAAGGAAGUGAAACGGGCUUUUUUUGCCAAGUCCAAAGAGCUGCACCCUGACCGAGACCCAAAGAACCCCGCUCUUCACAACCAGUUUGUGGAGCUGAAUGAAGCCUAUAGGGUUUUGAGCAAGGAGUCCAGCAGGCGACACUAUGACAGCCAGCUCUCCCUCCGAGGCACCCCACCCCCUCCCCGUCACCCCUCCCAGGCUCCCCGCCAGGCGGCCUCUGCAUCUGCAUCUGCCUCUGCCUCCAGCCCCUGGUCCUCGCCUGAUGCCAGGUACUGGGCCCAGUUCCGCAGGGUACGCCCUGAAGACUACCACGGGGCUCGACAGAGGCAGCAGAAGCAGAACCAUCGGGUUUUGGGGUACUGCCUCCUGCUGAUGCUGGGGGGCAUGGUCGUCCACUACAUUGCCUUCAGAAAGCUGGAGCAGAUCCACCGACGCUUCAUGGACGAGAAGGACAGGGUUAUCAUGGCUCUCUACAAUGAGAGCAAGACCAAGGCCAAAGCCAGGGCGAACAGCGCCAGGCUCCAGCAGGAGAGACUGCAGAAGCCCCAGAGCCCCCCGCCUCAGCCCGGGGAGUGACCUGCGACCCCUCUUCCCCCUCCCGGCCCCAGGGGGCUGCGUGAGCUGAAGAGGGGUGGCAGGGGCCCGGUGCCCAUCUGGACCCUUGCUGCCUGCCUCUCCCUGUGCAAUAAAGUCAUUGUCCGUGGGUGUCUGGCUCCCCCCUCGUGCCUCCAUUCAUUACACGGGCCUUGCCUUCGGCCAGGGUCCGGCUCCGGGCGCUGCCUCUCUGCGUGCCCCGGAGCUCUCUCGGCUUCCUCCGUCCCACGUGGGUGGC